GCGGCAGGGAUGGACAGCAGCAGAUUCAGCGUGCGUCAAGUUAUUGAAACUCGGCGCCGCAACAGUAAUAUGGCAGACGUUCCUGAAAACGGCGUCCUCGAAACGAAUCUCUCAAUGGACCCGCAGCCCUCGGCGGCCCACCUGGGGCCCCGAAGAUCCCUUGUCCACAUGACGCGCGAGGCGUUGCCUCGCAUGGACAAUUACAGGAAUCUGCUUUCGAUUCAGGCGGCGCAACGACCCACCCUUGGCGAACUGCAUGAAGGGGUCAAGGAUGAUAAGGAUGAGCCCACUGGUGAGGCGCACGGUGGAGGCGGACACCACUUUAAACUGGGGUGGAUUCAGGGCGUUCUCAUCCCUGUUUUGCUCAACAUUUGGGGUGUGAUGCUUUUCCUUCGUUUGUCAUGGGUCGUAGCUCAGGCAGGCGUUACGAUGUCUCUGGUCAUCAUUGGAAUUUCGGCCGGCGUUUGUGUCAUCACAACCCUGUCCCUGUCAGCAAUUAGUACUAACGGAGAAGUGAAAGGAGGUGGAAUUUACUACAUCAUUUCGCGUUCUCUUGGCCCGGAAUUCGGCGCCUCGGUUGGAAUUGUGUUUGCGUUUGCUAACGCCGUUGCCGCCUCGAUGAACACAAUUGGUUUUUGCGACUCGCUGAACGAUUUGCUGAAGUCGCACGGCCUGAAAAUAAUCGAUGGCGGCAUUAACGACGUCCGACUUGUGGGCAUGAUCGCCCUGGUUAUCAUGAUUGUCAUUUGCGCCGUCGGAAUGGAGUGGGAAGUCAAAGCGCAAAACGUGCUGGUCGUAAUUAUUUCUGGAGCAAUUGUGGACUUUAUCGUGGGCACACUUCGCGGGCCUCAGAGCGACGAGCAAAUCGUAAAAGGAUUUCCUGGAUGGAGCUUUGAUCAACUGGGAAAAAAUAUGGGCACUGACUACCGUUUCAGCGAGGGCGUUAAUCAAGAUUUCUUUUCCGUCUUCGCCAUUUUCUUUCCUUCUGUAACAGGAAUUCAAGCCGGGGCGAAUAUUUCUGGCGAUCUGAAGGACCCAGCCUCCGCAAUCCCGAAGGGAACUUUACUCGCUCUGGCCAUUUCUAUGUUUUCCUAUGGACUUUUCGUCAUUCUUGCCGGAGGUGGUGCCCUGAGGGAUGCCAGUGGAAUGGUGGAGGAGCUGGCAAAUGGCACUUAUGUUAAUUGCACUGCACGCCAUUGCGAAUAUGGUCUCCAAAAUAGCUAUUCCGUUAUGCAACUCAUGUCUGUCUGGGGCCCUUUCAUUUACGCCGGCUGCUUUGCGGCCACUUUGUCAACCGCCCUUACUAACUUGCUGUCCGUGCCCAAACUGGUUAGGGCGCUUGGCUACGACAAGAUCUAUCCUGGUUUGAUUUUCUUCUCCAAGGGAUACACAAAAAAGGAUGAACCAUUCCGAGGAUAUGUGCUGACCUUUAUUAUAUCAGGCGCCUUUCUACUGAUUGCCGAGCUUAAUGUAAUUGCACCCCUGAUUUCAAACUUCUACUUGGCCUCAUACGCACUGAUUAAUUUCUGCACUUUCCACGCCGCUUUCGUCAAACCGAUUGGUUGGAGGCCAACGUUCAGAUUUUACAAUAAAUGGUUGAGCCUAAUUGGAUUUAUCGUCUGUGUGGCCAUAAUGUUCCUGAUCAGUUGGGUCACCUCACUAAUUACCUACGUCAUUAUAAUAGCCCUGUACCUUGUGGUGGUCUACAGAAAUCCAGACGUAAACUGGGGCUCUUCAACUCAGGCGCAGACCUACAACACGACGCUUGGUGCUGUUUACAGUUUGAAUCAGACCAGCGAACACGUAAAAAAUUACAGACCCCAAAUUUUACUGCUUUCCGGAAACCCCACGGCGAGACCUGCCGUUAUGCAACUUGCCUCGCAAAUCACCAAAAACUUAUCUCUGCUUUUGUGCGGAAAAAUCAGUGAAAAAGAGUUGACCUACGUACAGAGAUCGAAAUGCAUCAGCGAUGCGAAUAAAUUUCUGGAGGCCAACAAAGUUCGAGCAUUUUUCACAGUGGUUGACGGCUUGAAUUUUGAACAGGGAGCCCGAGCCCUUCUACAGGCAACGGGAAUUGGAAAAUUGCGGCCAAACGUUUUACUUAUGGGCUACAAAAAUGAGUGGCUACUCGCACCAAACGCUGAACUGCACGAAUACUUCAACGUUUUGCAUGAAGCGUUUGAUAAUCGACUGGCCGUGGCUAUUUUGCGAGUGAGAGGUGGACUGGACUUCAGUCAAUUCACAGAACAUGAAGAGGAGCAAGAAAGUGGUGCAAAUGGAGGGAAUCACAGUGCGCCCAGUUUGGCCAGAGUUGCGUCGGACAAUUUCAUCAACCUGGCUUACGAAUCGACCGAGGGGCCUCUGAACCACAAGUACGUUUUAAAUUCGGCCAAAGCUGUAGAGAGAACCCCACAGGAAAUCCUCAGGCACAAGAGAAAGACGCAGUCGCUUGAGAAAAACUUGUUCAGUGGAGCCAAUGGCAACCCUCUCCCUCACGAAGUGCUGCAGUGUGUUGCAAUUUUUGAUUCGCCACCGAAGAAAGGAACCAUCGACGUCUGGUGGUUAUAUGAUGAUGGAGGAUUAACCCUUCUUUUGCCAUACAUUUUAACAACAAGACACAACUGGUCUGGGUGCCGGCUGCGAAUUUUCGCCCUCGUCAACAAAAAGGAUCAGUUUGAAGUGGAAGAGCGAAAUAUGGCCAGCUUGCUUUCGAAAUUCAGAAUCGACUACGCUAGUCUGACCAUGAUUCACAACGUUAGUGAAAAACCGCACCCAAGCACAAACAUGUUUUUCGAGGAGAUCAUUAAGCCCUUCCGGGAGAGACCUGGAGCUGCUGACGCCGAUGUUGUGAAAGCUUCUGAACUUAUCGCGUUGAAAUACAAAACGGAGAGGCAGUUGCGAUUGCGCGAGCUUUUGCUCCAGCACUCUAAGGAUGCCAAUUUGAUUGUUAUGACCAUGCCAAUGCCGAGAAAAGGAGUCGUUUCAGCGCCUCUGUACAUGGCUUGGCUGGAGGUUUUGUCGAGGGACAUGCCGCCCUUCAUGCUGGUCAGAGGAAAUCAAACUUCAGUUCUGAGCUUCUACGCGUAGAAUCUUUUGAAUGUAAAACUUAUUUUAAGUGAUUUUAAGGUUCAAGGAAUAUAAUUAAUCCCAUGUUUGUAGCCAAAACACACUAACGAAAUAUGUCUCAUUUCACCAGUUUUCAUCCAGAAUAAUUUUUAGACAUGUUAACAAUAGAAACUGUUAUUUAUAUUAUGCAAGAGAAGUUAAACUUUUAACAAUAAUAUUUUGCUCGAAUUCAGCUUCUUAAAUGGUUUUUAAUUGUUUCAGUUAAAAUUGUAAGUUAAUUUUAUAAUCAUUUUAAAACAUUAAAUAAAAGAAAUUGUUUAAAUUUAUCUCCCAAUAAAAUGUUCAUUUGCACAAACAUAAAUA